AGUCAGGGCAGAAGUGCUCGUGAAGUUGAGACAAUAUGAAGUGUUUGGUGAUCUUAGCUGUGAUUUCCGUGAUUUGUCGCGAUGUGGAGAGUGUCGCGAAGCUGCAGGAGCGAUUCUGGUGGAAGGAGUUGGAUUUUGAGUUUCCCAAUCCGGCGCUGAAGCAGAAGGCUCUCCAGAGUGGCGCCUAUCUGCCCAGGAAUGGACUUCCUGUGGGCAUCGAGCACUGGGGCAACAAACUCUUCGUCUCCGUGCCACGAUGGAAGGACGGAAUUCCCGCCACGCUCACGUACAUCGAUCUCGACAAGACGCCCUCGGGAUCGCCGGCGCUCAUUCCCUAUCCGGACUGGAAGAGCAACGCGCCCGAGGACUGUCCCAACGGCCUGAACACUGUCUACCGCAUCAAGGCGGACAUCUGUGGACGUCUCUGGGUCCUGGACACCGGAACUCUGGGCAUCGGCAACACCACGAGGAAUCCCUGUCCUUAUGCGCUCAACGUCUUCGAUCUGGGCACCAACAGGAGAAUCAGGCGCUACGUCUUCAGGCCCGAGGACACCAACGCCAACACCUUCAUAGCCAACAUCGCUGUUGACAUCGGCGCCACUUGUGAGGACACUUAUGCCUACAUGUCCGACGAACUGGGAUAUGGACUCGUUGUGUAUUCUUGGGAGAAGAACAAGUCGUGGCGCUUCGCGCACAGUUUCUUCUUCCCUGAUCCUCUGAGAGGAGACUUCAACAUCGGCGGACUGAACUUCCAGUGGGGCGAGGAGGGAAUCUUCGGCAUGGCCUUGUCGCCCUUCAAUCCUGACGGCUUCCGGACGCUCUUCUUCAGUCCUCUGGCCAGUCAUCGCGAGUUCGCGGUGUCCACGAGGAUUCUGCGCGACGAGAAGAGAGUUGAGGACUCCUUCCACGACUUCCAGUAUCUCGAGGAGCGUUCUCAUCUCGGCCACACCACUUCGCGCGUGAUGAGCGACAAGGGUCUGAUGCUGUUCAAUCUGAUCGACCAGAACGCCGUCGGGUGCUGGCACUCCUCGCUGCCCUACACGCCGCGCUAUCACGACGUCGUGGACAGAGACGACGAGGCGCUGAGCUUCCCCGCGGACGUGAAGAUUGACUUCAACAACGACGUGUGGGUGAUUUCGGACAGAAUGCCCAACUUCCUGAUCGCCGAGCUGGACUACAAAGACGUCAACUUCCGCAUCUUCCAAGCGCCUCUCCAUCGACUCACCGCCGGCACCAUUUGCGACAUCCACCAGCCAAUCCACGGCCAAAUGCACGGUCGCUACAGCAGCCUCAAUCACAUCUCCAGCCCUCACGUGAUCAGCCAGCCCGCGCCGACUGUCGAGGUUGAGAACUACACGCCGCGCGCCUACUUCUUCAACAGCCACAACGGAGUGUCGCUGCAGAUGUCCUCGCCCGUGGAAUACCAUCAGUACCACAGCUCCCCGCACGGACACCACGGCUACAAGGCCAAGUACUCACCGGCGGGAAAGCUCUGGACCCAAAGAUACUGGUGAAUGCUGUAGAAAAUCGCUAUUUAUUCAAGCUUCGGGAGAUUUAUCAGACAAUUCCAUUCUAACGAGAUUCCAUUGAAAUAUCUGUAAG